CGAUUUGUGUUUGUUAUGAUGCACUUUGGGUGCAAAACAAAGUUGUUAUAAGUUUGUUGUUGACAAUGUCGUGGAGUGUUGACUUUGAUAAUCGCCUAAUCGAGCUGGUGCGCGCUAACCCGAGUCUAUAUGAACGAGAACUGCGUAGCACACCCUACGACUCCGGCAAGAAAAAGAGGGAAUUGUGGUGCAGCAUAGCAACCUCCCUGAAAACUGAUGUUAAAACGUGCAUAACGCGCUGGAAUUAUAUGCGAGACAAGCUGCGGCGGGAAUUGCUUAAAGACCAGUCCGAUUGGAGUUUGUUGGAAAAAUUGCGUUUCGUUGGACAACACAAAGUCAACAGUAAUCGGAACAAUGAGCGACAAUUGCAGCAGGCGGUGACCACGUCGGCUCUCAUAAAUGUAAGUUGGCGCGCCCUUAGUCCCGAUCAGCUUAUUGCACAGGAUGAGGACGAUGCGCUGCAGGAGGCAAUGGACGAGCAGCAUGUGGCAUCGGCGGUUAUAGUGCCACCACCACCACUGGCAACCCCUGUUGCCGGAGUGUCUGGGUCUGGCACGUCAGCCAGCAAUGAAGAUCUCAUGAAACGCAUUGAGGCAUUGCUGCAGGGUCUGGGCACAAAUCGCUCCAAGGCGGAGAAAAAGAUUGUGGCCUAUUUGUGCAAAUGCACUCUGCGCGCCCUCAACGACGAGCAAAUCGAUGAUAUAUUUAUUUAAUUAACCCGACCUCACAUCUACUUAAUAACCCAAUACGAACUGAUUAGUUUUAAUUUGUAAUUUAGUGGCUAAUUUUUGGGGAUGCAGGAAAUUGUGGGUUGGGCGCAAAAAUCGAACUCGCGAACCACGCCAAAAACAACGCAAACUAUUGCCAAGUUUAUACGACAGUCGGUUUUAAUGAAAACGAGUUGAGUUAUAUUAUUGACGUAUUUGUUAAUGUAAGAUGUUUGGUUAUUUUUUUGUUUAAAUUGCAGUAAUACACUUAUCGCUUGGAAAUUUAAUCGAAUAUCAUGAGAAUCUCAUAUGGUGUGAGUUAUUUAUUAAAAUUUCAAUUUUUUUUAUUAAUUAUUUAAUGCGGGAAACCUUCAGUUUAUAAAAAGAAAUUUAUUUAUUAGUUAAGAGCAAAAUUUCAUCAGUAUUCCAGCUCAGGCUAAAAGUCAUACUGAUUUUUGGUUAAUUCUGGUUUAGCUGCCCUAUAAACUUGGUGUAUAUGACGCAGUUAGUUGAAGCGUUUUCUAGUUGUUGGUCAAAGAGUGCGCGCGCAAGCAAUAACAUGGCCAAUAUCCAUGUCUGGCUGACUGGUUGUCUGGUUCAGGGGUGAGGGGUGACUGGCAGGUGGGGUAGACGACGCCAAACAAGCAUUUAGUUUAUUAAUUUUGAUGACUCUGUCGCUGACUGUGACAUUAACGAAGCAAUAAUAUGUUAUGAGCAAUCAAUUCCCUUCCCCGGAUCGACCCAUCCCCUACCGAAACCAAUAUACCCUACUUACUACACACUACCUACUACACUAUACUCCAUGCCAGCCACCUUUCUAAAGUUGUGUAGCUGUAGCGCAUUAACACCACAUUAUCGAUUGAUUUGAGGCAAAAGCACGCACAAAAAUCAAUAAUCAUGCAAAGUCAAUGCAAAAUAAAUGUAUAGUUCAAUUGUCAAAUGUUUGCUUUAUAAAUCAAUCAAUCACAUUGAAUUUGUUAGCUUUUAUUUAUUUAUUGCUAAGUGUGGUUUUAAAAAAAAUACGCGCCUAAAUCUCAAAUGAUGCAUAUGUCUGUAUGUGUGUAUUCAAUAAUAUGUAUGUAAAUAUAUGUGAUUCACCUUUGA